AGAACAUACACAACAUACGACUUUUACAUAGACCCCACUAUCUGCUCCACCCCAGAAGACACGUUUAAGAAGACUUUUCCAAAAUCAUUUCUCUUUGGUUCACCUUCUCUCCAUCGCCACCAUUUCGCCCCCGUCGGCCAUGUACAGCUCCAGCUACUCCCGGGCCAAGUUGGGCCUGGACGCACGGGAGCUCCACAGACCCAGAGGCAAAAGCUGCGGUUACUACGUGAAGAUUGUGUUUUUCUUUUCGUCUCUCAUCCAGUCACUCAUCAUCGUCAGUCUCGUGCUCUUCCUGGUGUACGGGCAGCCGGAGAAAAGUGCAGAGGAGAAGAGGGUGAAGGAGUUGGAGCAGAACAUUAACCAUCUGGGAGAGAUCAACCUGCAGCUGCGUAAAGACAAAGUUGACCUGAACGCUCAGAUCACGGCUAAAGCUGCAGAGAAAGCGGCAGUGGAGAAGGAGCUGGAGACGGUGAAGGCGGCAGCCAACACCACCGAGUACGAGUUCAAGAAGAAAGUGAGCGACCUCGAGAAGCAGCUGGCGAUGGCCCGCAGCAUGGGACGCACCACGCCAAUCCAACCCCCGAUCGUGUUUAACCCAGCCAGCAGUGAAGUGAAGACCCUCCAGACCCUUAACGCUCAGCAGAAGGCCAUGAUAGACCUGAUUCAGGCUAACUUCACUCAGAUGGUGAACUACCUGAGUCAGGAGAGAGACACGGCUGAUAAAGAGAGAAACCUACACCACCAGGAAGCCAUCACUCAGAGGAAGGAGAACGCCAUGUUAAAGGAGCAGCUCACCGUCUACUCCAGGAAGUGUAAGGAGGACUUUGCUCAAUCACUGGACGGAAUCAAGAUCGUGACCAGUGAGUUCCUGAAGAAAAUCAACACCCUGUUCCCCCAUCAGAUGAGCUUCCACCUCUCCUGCUCCAGUCAGGCCGAGCAGAUGGAGAAAAUCCGCAACAGCUGCACCAACCUCUCCAGCGACGUCGAGAAAAAAUUCCAGAUCUACCUCGACGUAAUGGGAGACAAUGUGGCAGAGAUACAGGCCUUGUCCAGUCGCAUGGAGGUGGUGAACACAAACCUAAAGUCCGACCUGAAAGUGUGCGAGACGACUCGGGCAGAGAACGCCGCCGAGGCCGCCAGACAACUGGAGCUGAAGCAGAAGAACCAUGAUAACCAGGUGGAGAGGUUACUGAACGAACAAAACCGACUGAGAAACCAGAAGAAACUGGAGGAGGACCGGUUGGCCAUAGUACAAGAUCAGCUGAAGUUGGCCAAGGCAGAAGUGGCAACCUGUAAGCCUGGACCUAGAAUGGGAGGGGGAGCCAUGAUUCCAGGGCUGCAGAACAAACCGAUCACACCAAACUUGUUAUCACCAGUGAGACCUCCUUCGGGGAGAUGAGAUGCAGCAGCGCACCAUCCGACUCUAUGAUAUUAAAAAGACUUAGCCGCUAACUUAGAACUACAAACCUGUGAAACUGGUGAGAAUUACAUUUAAGAGCGUGAAUGUUUUAAAUUCGAGAUAUUAUGCUUUCUCUGGUGUUUGUAUCUAGAUCAUUAUUUAACAUUUUGCUCAUUGUAAACAGCAAAACGUCUUAAUAAUUAACCGGGACGCAGCGACUUCCUGUUCAAAAUCGCAAAAAUUAUUCUUUGCUGCAGCAUUUCAAUAUAUCACACAAGACAUUUUAGCUAUGUUGUGUAUAUUUUUAAAAAUUCAUUAUCAGCGGGGAUGGGGAGUAGGUGCAAAAACACAUUUUUGAACCCCUCAAGCCUUCAAGUGCAUAUGACAUGUUUAUUUGUUUUGCUAAUUAUUACUUUUUCUGGUUUGGUGGGAUAGUACUAGAGACUGUUUAUAUAAAUGCACAUAGCUAACCUGCUAGCCGCCACGUUCCAAACAGGAAGUGAGCAUGAGCGCACGUCCGGCUCCAUCCACUCUGGCUCCAAUUCACUUUACAUUGAAAAAUUGUCACCCCUCUGUCUGUAACUGCUCAUUUUAGUCUUAAAAUGUUCGUAUUAACCUGUGGGGAUGAUCGUGGGGUUUUUAUUUUCACUGUUGUGUCCAUAAAUCAAGAUAUGAACAUUAAUAACAGACGAAUCAGGCGCCAUGACUCAGAAACUGUAAACAAAUCGGUGUUUCGGUGUAGUUAGCUCCUCCUUUCAGACAGAUAUAAGACAGUGUCCACCAGCAAUCUGUCCAGAACUGAAGAAGCCACUUGGACGUCCAGUUGACAGAAUUUAAAUUUGUCUUUUGCUAUGGCUCAUACCUGGACGACUGAGGGGUUACACAGACAUGUUCUUGUGUUGUCAUAUGCACUUUAAAUGCAGGAGGUAAAGAUAAGCAUGAGUCAGUUAAACAUGGUGAGGAAAAACGAUCACGAUUUUGCAUAGUAUGUCUUCUUUAUAUAGAUGUGGAUAACCCGAUGGCGAAUGUAUAUACAUGUAGUUGAUGUAACGGUCAAACGUCUGUGUAAAUAGUGUAAAUACAGUAUACAGUAUGAUCAUAUAUGUCUAUAGUUAUGCUUAAAGCGCUGUUUAAAACACUGUGACUCAUGUUCUCACUCAGGUAAAUGUACGAAUGUCAUGACACUGUUGUAAAUAGUUUUGUUUCAUUCAUAAAGAUUUAGGAAAAAUACUGAAAACGUUUUAUUUUAAUGCAAUAAAUGAGUGCACUU